GUGGCUUCUAGUUUUGAAUAUUUAUAUGAAGUUCUUUCAUUCCAUUGUCUCGCAUCACUUGCGUUCGUAGCGGAAGUUUUUGCGAAAAGAAAGAGUUAAAUCAUUCACCAACAUCACGAUACUCGACUGUGUAUUCAACGAGAUUAAUCUUGGAGAUAGUAACUCGAGUCCCUAAGUGUUGAAACUUUAUCCUGCUCAUUAAAUUUACGCGAUUUUUUGUGAUCUUUGUCCUUUAAAUUACGAACAUAAUUUGUAUGAUAUUCACUUCUGUUCUUCCUGACGUUUAAAUAAAGCUAUGAACGAGUGAUGGAGAAAGGUAUCACAAGACCUUAUAAAGAAAUCAAGGCAUGAAUAAUUAGUGGAUUUUAGUUAGACAACGGCGUUAGUAUACAGUAUUAACACAGCCUAAAUAGGUGACUGGCUUUCAAAUAAUGACAGAACUAUGGCGAGACGAGGUUCACGAAAAAGACAGAAAGGAAAAGUUGGCAACAUAUCUUUUUGCGAUGAAGGAAGAUUUAUCAGAAUGGAUUGCUGGUCUAAUGAAUAUACCUGUGACUGCCGACACAUUUAUGACUACACUUGAUAGCGGUGUACAUCUAUGUCGACUGGCAAAUAUGAUUCAGAAAGCCGCUGAGAAAUAUUUGAGCGAGAAUCCACAGGCGAAUGUCAAGCUACCAACUUCUGAACCGAAAUAUACUGAGCGAGGAGCGAAUUAUGGCUCAUUCUUUAGUCGAGAUAAUGUAGCUAACUUCAUACGUUGGUGUCGUGAAUUUGGAAUAGCUGAUGUGAUCAUGUUCGAGUCAGAUGAUUUGGUUCUUCAUAACAAUCAAAAGCAUGUCAUUCUUACAUUGCUUGAUGUCGCACGUCGGGCUUCAAAAUUUGACAUCGAACCCCCAGAUCUUGUUAUUAUGGAGGAACAGAUUGACGAAGAGAUUGCCUUAGAAGAGAAAAAUGCUAAGAAUAAAAGUAACGAUCUCGAGAAUAUGAAAAACGUCGUUGCGAAAUCGAAGACUCCGGCUUCAAACAAAAAGAAACCUAAAAAAUUAAAGAAUUUCAUACCAAAGAACUUAGACACAUUGGUAAAGGAAAUAGUUGAGGAAUAUACUUGCAAAGAGUCGUUUCCCAUAGAGAAACUUGCAGACGGUAAAUACAAGAUUGGUGAGAACCGAGUUCUUAUCUUUGUAAGGGUCAUGCGCAAUCACGUGAUGGUACGCGUCGGUGGAGGCUGGGAUACACUCGAGAACUACAUCCAGAAACAUCAUUCUAGCAGGAUGCAAGGUCGUCCUAAUCAUGCUUCGAGCAAUGCAAGUAAACAUCGAUUUAAAACUCAAACACCGCCACUUCAUGACAACGAACCACACUCCUCGCUCCAGUCCCUCAGUUAUACGAGCAUUGGCAGUAGUGACAGCAAUUCCAGUACGUCAUCUGUAACUCGAUUAUCACCUGUGAAUGGUAAUGAUAACAAUCUCCUUCAGGGUAUGAUGUGUGUGUAUGGAGAAUCAAGUGGCCGCUCAGAAAAGGACGUAUCACCAUUACAAGUAUUAAAUAAACAAACUUUCUCUCCCUCCAGUAAGAACAACAGACGACCUUUAAAUACUUCAACGCGGCAAACUCCAGUGAGCAAAGGUUUGGGUUCUAAACAUGGGAGUGUGGUUGAUACUAGAAACGGGAUUCUUUCAUCUAGCAAGAAAAAGCCGGACAAAACACCAGAUAAAAAGACACAAACUCUUCGGGCAAGUGUCUAUGAAUCUGAUUUGUCCUUUAACAGGUCAAGGACAAGUGAUGCUAUUUUAAAUCCCAGUAAACGUUUGGAUAUUUUGAGUACACCUUUGAAACGUCAAGGAAACUUAUCUCGAGAGUCGUCGUCAUCCAAGUUAAAGCAAAGCAGAAAUCGUAACAAAAACGUGGGAACUUCAAGCGAAGUGCGACGUCGAUCGGAAAUGUCGCCCUCUAAUGCGAGGAAAAAGCUGGAAAAAGAGUAUGAAGGAAAAGAGGAUAAGAAUAAAAAAGAUUUAAGGAAAGCAUUAAAUGAUCAUCAUCUUUUAUAUUCACGAUCUUUCUCGGCUGACACGAUCAUUAAAGGUAGAUACUCGAGUUUUAGGCCGUCUCAUGGUCAUCACAAUUCACCUUCACGAAUUCCGGUUCCUGUAACUAACUUUGGUAAGCCUAGAGGAUUCAGUAGGAUCUCAAACAAUGUAUCCCCAAGUGUAAAUGGAGCACACUCGAAAACCAAUGGUGUUAAUGGAGCACACUCGAAAAAUACAAACUCUUCAAGAGAGGAGGAAUGUCCCAGUGACGAGGGAUUUAUUGAUGGUGAUACGACAAGAACACUUUUAUGUCCUACAGGUCUCUUUCAUAAUUCUAAGACAGAAGAACUCAACAAAAAUUGCAAAGAGAAAAAGGAAAACGGCGAACAUAAUAAUAAUGUCGAAUAUAACGACUCUGGGCUAUCGGGUGACUGUUGGAAGGAAGUCAUGACGGACAUGAUAAAAUUGGAAGAAGAUAGAAUUUCUGAUCAAAAUAUUUAAUGUUAUCUUGUUUUGCUCUACGUUUGCCGUAUUUCACUAAAACAUUCAUGCGCGAUACUUAACAAGAAAUGUAUUUAUUUUCACUUGAAUUGAUGUUUAAUCAAUGUAUAUUUAUUGGAAACUUUAACCUCGGGGAACAUUCUGGCACAAACUUGCAUAUGCGCUAGAUGUUUGGCUAAUUUAAAUUGCAAAAUUUUAAUGAUAAGAACGAUCUGAAGCAUGAAAAACAUGGCGCAUUAUACAUGUCUUUAAGAGUUCACUGCAGCGCAAAAUACAAUUGCAAAUUCAUUGCUAUUUUUUGUAUUUAAUAAAAAACAAACAACGAACAAAUAUUAACUUUUCAAAAACUGUACGUAUUGCAAAAUAUUCUCACAAUUACAUCAAGAAGGAGAAACGAAA